AUGGUACACUCCACAGGAAUAGGAAAUAAAAAAGAGGACUUUCAAGUUUUUGAACUACUUGGUCGAGGUGGAUUUGCUCAAGUCUAUCGGGCUAAAUCCACCAUUACUGGACAAGAGGUUGCCAUCAAAAUGAUCGAUAAGAAGGGUAUGAUUCAUCAUGGACUAGCCAACCGUGUACGUCGUGAAGUGGAAAUUCACAGCCGUCUGAAGCAUCCAUCAAUUUUAGAGUUAUAUACCUGUUUUGAGGAUGCUAACUACGUUUAUUUAGUUUUGGAAAUUUGUCACAAUGGGGAAUUACAAACUUAUGUACGUCAAAAUGGACCUGUUACCGAAGAUACUGCUCGACAUUAUCUAAAACAGUUGAUCAGUGGUCUUGUCUAUUUGCAUUCACACAAUAUACUUCACAGAGACCUGACUCUAGCAAAUCUACUACUUACUAAGGAUAUGAAAGUUAAAAUAGCAGACUUUGGAUUAGCUACUAAAAUUGAACCAGGUGAAGAUCAUAAAACGAUGUGUGGAACACCAAAUUAUAUCUCCCCGGAAGUUGCCAGUCAUAAUCAACAAGGUUUAGAAACUGAUGUCUGGUCGUUAGGCUGUAUGUUUUAUACAUUAAUUGUUGGUCGUCCACCAUUCGAUACACGAGAAGUUCGUUCUACUCUAAAUCGUGUCCUGGCAGUCGAUUAUGAAUUACCGUCAACAGUUUCCACUGAAGCAGCUGAUUUAAUUAAUUCUUUGCUUAGACGUGAACCUCAAGAACGUAUUAAACUGAAAGCAAUUAUGCAGCAUCCAUUUAUGACUAAAAAAUCACGUCCACAACGCUAUAUGGAAACUUCGAAUGAUAGUGGGAUUGAUUCUAUUUCUCGAACUCCUUUGGGAUGUUUAACUAAUAGUCUAAAGUGCCACCAACCUCAAAAAGUAGAAUCCAACAGAUUUAUUGUUCGUCCUUGUAUCACACCCCUUUCUACAGCUAUUUCUGAUACCCAGUGUAAUACACGUACACCUUACUGUCGAGAUCCUUCUCAGCGCUUACCACCUCCAAGUGGCAGUUGUGAUGUUGUAAUUAAUCCCUAUCCAAAUACACAACGAUCUGUAGAACCACUCAGUACUCGUUCAAAUACACAACAAACACAUUAUUCAGAUGGUGUUUUUGAACAAUCUCGGUUAAUUAUCUCGCCUGUAUCAGAUCCAGAUAAUAACAGAGCACUAUUAAAUCAUCAUGGUCAAUUUGUCACUUCAACAGUUAAUAGGGGUUAUACAAAUUUAUCCAGUGUUUCAUUUUCUUCACUUUCACGUCCAACUGCAACAGAAACUGUCACAACUCAACGUCCUAAUUAUGCAAAGCCUAUUACUAGUACAUCAAAAUCUGGAGUACCUUGUGAAAAUUCUGGUAAACAAAUAUCUGGUCAUCCUUUACCACUUGAUAGUCGUCGCUUAAAACCUAUGCGAACGUAUACGCGUCUAGCUGUAAUCAAUAUUCUGCAAGAUGAAUCUGUUUGUCUGGAAUUUUUUGGAGGCUCGUCUAAAACUCGACAGAAUCUAACUCCAACAAUAAUGAAUAACCAGAAUUUUCGAGUUGUUGAAGUCAUAGGUAUCAAUAGUACUGGACAAAACAUUUUAAUCUAUCAACCAAAUAUGGGAAAGGGAGUACCGUUGAAUGUUAAAGGGCUGAAUGAUGCUUCAGAGACAGAUUUAGCUACGGAUAUUGGUGGUCCUCCACCUGCAUGUCCAGGUGAUCCGAUUGCAGUAUAUACUUUGGAUACAUUACCUCAGAGAUACUGGAAGAAGUAUCAGUUUAUUUCUAAAUUUGUUCAAAUGGUACGUGCUCAUACUCCAAAAGUGACACUGUAUACUGAUAAAGCUAAAUGCAUGCUUAUGGAAAAUGGUCCACCAGGAGAUUUUGUUACUGAAUUUCAUAACGAUGGUUCACGCGUGUUAUGCUCUUCUGAUGGAUCAUUACGUAUUACUCAAAUGGUGCAGGAAAGUGAACGUGUGAAAACAAAAGAUACUACGCCUACAGUAAUUACACUGGAUUCAAAUCGAAGUCUUUCAACUCUUUCCCCAGAAACACGAAAACUUAUAGAUUAUGUAUAUGCAUGCCGAGAUCAUUGUCAAAAAAUCGAACAGUUGCUAACCAGAAUCACUUCAGAAGACAAUCAUAUAUCAUGUUCAUCGUAUUCUCCAUUUCCAGUUAUCUUAGGUCGACGUUCUAAAUCAGGUGUCAAUCAAAUCUCCUUGACUAAAAGUGAUUCUAAAUUGCUGUCAUUGCCAAAUGAAUCAGCGAAUCAAAUUUCAUUAUCUAUUGAACUCUAUAAUUUAAUAUCUAACUGUUUAGAAAGUAAACAUAAAAAUCCCUUAUUAUCAGAUGAUCAAGCAGCACAGAGUGAUCCUCCUCUUACAAAUCCGAUUUUUGUUCCAAAUGUUGGUUGGGCAAAUCAGUUUAGCGAUGAUAAACUUCAAGUACAGUUUAACGAUGGAGCUAAACUUCUACUGGUCUAUGAUCGAACUCUAGUUCAUUCUAUCCAUUUCACUUCACCUCCUGGUUCUGAUCAAGAAUUGCAAACAGAAAAAGUGUACAGUACUUCUGAUCCUCUUCCUGAACAUGUCUAUCGUAGGUUAGAAGUAAUGCCAACUGUUAUCAAACGACUUCGUUCAAUCAAUAGUAAAACAGCUUAAAGUUAAAGUUGUACAGAUUAAAUAAUGCUUAUCUUGUGAUGAUUUAGCACUCAAAUACGGCUGUGAAAUUUCCGUUUUACCUUCCCCCGGUGUAUUUACACAUCUGUCUUCCUAGCUAUAUUUCUGCUUUCUGUUCACUAUUCUUCUUCUUCUUCUUUUAUUAUUAUUAUUAAGAGCUAAUACUUAUAGCUUGUAGAAUUUUCGUUUGCGUAAGCCAGUAUCAUCCAUCCUUCUUUACUUUAGCAGUCAUUCUUGUGUACACUUUUCAGUUUUCCUACGCUGUCAUUCCAGUGUUUGUUAGAAAGCGCCUAUUUUAUAAAGUCACACACUUUAUAUAAUCCUAUCGACAUGAAUGUAUAUAAUAAUUCAGCUAAUAAUCACUCUCGGUGCAUAGUAGGAGUACACUCGCUUGAAGUGUAGUUGUGUAUGUAUGUGUGCCUCACCUGACUAGUAUGUCUUUAAGUAUGUAUGUACCUGUGUAUGUAUCUGGUCAUUGUUUUAAUGAUCUUUAUGGUUCGGUAAACUUAUUACUGACUGACUGACUGACUGUCUAAUGCGUUAUUGUACAAAGUGAAUUAUUACAUGUUCUCAAUUAUGUAUAUCUGAGAAUUUCCACCAUAUGAGCUUUCUAAAGAAAAAUAUAUUUCAAUUAUGACAAAGUAGGAAAUUUUGUGAUUGCUUACGCAUAUUUCCGAUUACGUUUUCUGUAAAUAAUUUUGG